GUUAUUAUAACACGACUGUGUACAGUGGAUACCAGUGAUUGUGUUUUCUUUUCGUAUUUGCCAUGUCGAAGACAUAGCUAAGCUAAGAUGACCCACUUAGAGGGAAAUAACAGCAAAUGAACCGAUCGGGUACAAAAGAUGAACAGGCCGGGCUACGAUUAUACAGUGCCUGCAACAAACACAUAUUAUGCAACAAGCAAUAACCGACCGCCGCAAUAUGAGCGCGGAUAUGGGCAACUUACAGCGGUUCCCCUUUACAGUCCUACUUCGCACCCGCUUUCAAAUUACGCAGAUGUAUACGAGGGUAACAACGAUACAACCCUCAGAGCGGAAGAGAGGCAUUGGUAUAUAGAAAACCAUAAGAACCUACAACCGAACUAUGAUAUUAAUAACGACCCAAUACCUCAAGAAGCAAAAAUUAAGAAAGAAGAAGAGAAAAAAGCUGAUAUCCAGCCAGUGAGAAGGACAGAUGGAACACAGGCGAGACAAAGGAGGAAAGAGGACCGUUGUUCAUGUGAGUGUUGGCCGACUUCAGACAAUAAUGCAGUACAGGAUAGCGCUGGCAAUGAAACGACUAGAUCUCUAUCCGGAGUAGAUAUAGUCGCGUCGUACGGAGUCUACGGGAAUCCUCAAGAUGAAGAUAGUUCAGGGUUCGCACGAUUGUCGGAAAAGAAUGCAGCUUUUGGGCAAAGGAGUGAUGCACCUGUUCAAGGUGUAAUUGUAAACCAGCAAGGAAAUAGUGCUGUUAUACGUUCGACUCCGUCAUCCGACUCUGCAUGUGGCAAAUGUUGCAUUUGGUCUUCUAAUGAGAACCCUUCUAAUUCAGAAGACUACUGCUGGAUACAUUACUGUAGGCCAGCGCUUAUCGUUCUACUCCUAUUGUUCUUUCUGGUAUUGCUGGGCGUCUCAACAGGGUUUUUAUUGACAAAUAAUUAUUUACAUUAUCAACCGAGGCCACCUGCUCCGGAAGAAGCUUGCGAGAAGACAUUUUGCCGAUGGGGCGCAGAAUGUGUGUCCCUAGGGGACGGGCGCGCGCACUGCGCUUGUCCCGUCUCGUGCCCCGCGACGCAGGUGCCCGUGUGCUCAACGGCGGGUCGCACUUACCGCAACCACUGCUUUUUGCGCAAAGAGGCCUGCGAGAGGAGACUUAAUCUACGCGUUAAGCAUGAGGGCGAGUGUGCCGGUGAUCCCUGCUCGACUGUAACUUGUCCGUUGGGUGCGCGGUGCACGGUUACCUACGGCCAAGCGGAGUGCAGAUGUCCGCGCAGUUGCCAGCGACGCAAGCCUGUCUGCGGUAGCGACGGCAGGGAGUACCCUUCCAGCUGCCAUCUAGAUAAGCACGCGUGCGACAACCAACUGAACAUCACAAUACGUUAUCAUGGAAAAUGCGACCCCUGCGAAGAUCACGAAUGUGCGGACGGAGGUAUCUGUCAGCUGAAUGAAUCCAGAACGCCAGUGUGCCGAUGUGGGCCUGCUUGCGAGCUUGCCCCCCGGCCUGGCGCUGCGCUAUGCGGCUCCGACUACAAGGAUUACCCCAAUGAGUGCGCUUUAAGACGAGAGUCCUGUCGCACGAGGCAGCAGCUCUCUAUAGCUUAUAGAGGAGAAUGCGCUUCAGCUCAACACCCUUGCGAGAGUGUGAAGUGUGGUGUACGCGAACGUUGCUUACUGGAUGCACACGGCGUGGCGGUGUGUGCGUGCGGCGCGCCCUGCGAGGACUUCGUACGCCCCGUGUGCGGCACAGACGGACGGACUUACGACAACCCCUGCUCACUAGAUCGUACAUCUUGUCUAGAGAAUAGGGAUAUACGCGUCGCUUACAUGGGACCUUGCGGUGUAGAGAAUCCCUGCGCACGCGCAAGUUGUCCAUGGGGGGGCGCGUGCCUGUCGCGCAGUGGCGCCGCGCAGUGCUCCUGCCCUGUGUGUGAUGCAACACUAGCGCCGGUGUGCGCGUCCGAUCACAACACGUACGGUAGCGAGUGUAAAAUGCGUAUGCACGCCUGUCAGGCCAAUAUCAAGGAACAGGAUCUGCAAGUGCUCUACAAUGGAACUUGUCAAACAUGUGCUGAUAUCUUGUGCCACGGAGGAGGCGACUGCGUGUUGGACACUGAUACUGGACGGCCUGUCUGUCGAUGCAACCACAACUGUACUGAAGCAUUGGAAUCAGAAGUUGUAUGCGGUACGGAUGGACAAACGUACAUGUCCCAGUGCGAGCUCGACUCGACUGCAUGUCGCGAACAGAGCGACUUGCGGCUGGCGUACAGAGGUGAUUGCGCUCUUUGUGACGGCGUGCAAUGUUCUUUCGGAGCACAUUGCGUGGCUGGAGAGUGUGUGUGUCCAACUGACUGUACGGACGCGCCGCGCGAGCCGGUAUGUGGCAGCACCAUGCAGACAUACCCCAACGAGUGUGAGCUGCAGAAAGCAGCCUGCGGACUCCUCCCGCCCACUACCCUACACGUCAUAUUCUACGGAGAUUGCAAGGACAGGCUUGCUGUUGUACCUCCUAUAGCAAUGACGACGACCGCGAUGACCACUACAGAGGCAGAGGAAGGGUCGACAGAGCGGUCGGGGGUGACGGAGGAGGGGGGCACCGCUAACCCGUCCGUGUGCCGAGACAUCCGCUGCGACUUCGGCGCCAGCUGCGAGCUCGGCGACGACGGCUACCCGCGAUGUUCUUGCCUUUUCGAAUGUCCGCCCGACGAUGAAUACUUUCCAGUGUGCGCCUCUGACUUUAGACUUUACCCUAGUUUAUGCGCAAUGCGGAAGGAAGGCUGUCAGAAGCAGCUGGAGCUUAGGUUGAGACCACUUGACUUGUGUAAAGGUAUGGAGGUAAGACCGUGCGGCAACAAUAAAGCGAUGAUUGACUUCACCACUGGUCUGGAAAUCGACUGCGGUAACGGACCUCAUCGUCAAGACUGUCCCUCUGGAAGCUAUUGCCACAUCACCGUCUCGGCUGCAAGAUGCUGCCCUAAAAAUGAUACAAAACCUGAAGAAAAGAAGAUACUGCACUGCUCGGAAACAGAGUUCGGUUGUUGUUCGGACGGUACCACUUCAGCGAGUGGUCCUCAUGAAGAGGGUUGUCCUAUCACGAGUUCGUGCGGCUGCAAUCGGCUAGGCUCGGUGUCCGAUCGCUGUGAUGAUGACGGGCAGUGCGUCUGCCGGCCCGGUGUCGGCGGACUCAAGUGUGACAGGUGCGAGCCAGGCUAUUGGGGCUUGCCGCGCAUCGGCUCAGGGCAUACUGGCUGCAUACCAUGUGGAUGUUCUGCAUUCGGGUCUGUGCGCGAGGACUGCGAGCAAAUGACGGGGCGCUGUGUGUGUCGGCCCGCCGUGCAGGGCCAGAAGUGCACCGUGUGCGCUGACCACAGGCGUCGCCUCGGACCCAAUGGAUGCUCCGAUCCUGAAAUAGGUGGCGUGGUAGAGUCAUGUGUGGACCUAUCGUGUUACUUCGGCGCUGUGUGCACGGAGCGCACGGGUGGAGCGCGCUGCGAAUGUGCUGCUGCGCCCUGCCCUGAUACAGAUACUAACAUGCUGGUAUGCGGUAGCGAUGGAAGAACGUACGAGUCAGAGUGCCACCUCAAGCUGCAAGCGUGUCGCACGCAGGAUGACAUCGUGGUCCAGGCGUUUGGCCCCUGCAAGCUGUCGGAGGUGCCAGGCACCGCGGGCCCGCCUAGACCCUCCUCACCGAUACAAUUUACACAACAGGACGACGGCGCCGCCUCCAAAUCGACAAGGCACUUACUUAACCCCGACAAAUACUACAAUAAAUACGAUUGGAAUCGGAAGGAAACGCCAAGUGAUUUCGAAAGCUCUCUAAACGGACAAAAGUUUAAAGGUUCGCAAACAGCGACUACGGCGACAGUGGGCGCGGUGGGGGCUGAGGACACGGUGGGCGCGGUUGGCGCGCUGCUAGGUGACCUAUGUACGGAUGAUGUGGACUGCGAGGUGCUGCCAGGAGCAUAUUGCGCGCGCGGCGGCUGCGUCUGCCGUCCUGGGUUCACACCUACUGUUCAUAGGAAAGCUUGCAUUGAAGAAAUAAUACAAGACACAACUGAGGAAUACAGUGCAUGUCUGUCCGAUCCUUGUCACAACCUCGGUACAUGCGUUGAUCUUCCCGGUACUACGUAUACAUGCAUCUGUACUAGCCUUUACACCGGUUCUAACUGUGAAACGCUUAUCAAAGACGGCUUAACGAGUGCAUACAUCGAAACUCCCUCGUUCGACGGCUCCUCUUACAUUCGAUUGAAACCGUUGAAAGCCUACCAUAAGUUGAACAUCGAUAUCGAAUUUAAAGCCUUCACUGAGAACGGAGUCAUAUUGUACAAUCAACAGAAACCUGAUGGUACUGGGGAUUUUGUUUCAUUGGCUUUAGUAAAUGGAUACUUAGAAUUCAGAUACAAUCUCGGUAAUGGAGCAAUCAUUUUAACGUCUCUCGAAAAAAUAACACUAAAUGAAUAUCACAAAGUAUCAGCUAAGCGAUAUCAUCGCGACGGUAUUUUAUCAGUGGACGGCAUGGAAGACGUCGCGGGUCAGUCUAGUGGCAACUUGAAAGCCUUAGAUCUCGCCGACGAUACCUUCAUUGGCAGCGUUCCAACGAAUUUUUCCAGGGUAUUCGAUAAUAUCGGCACCCGAGCCGGCUUUGUCGGCUGCGUGAAAUACUUGAGAAUAAUACGUCAUCAAGUGACAAAGAAAUUGGGCCGACCGGACUCAUUAGUCGUGGCUAUAGAAAACGUAAGGGAGUGCCAACCUAACCCUUGUAUGAGUAUGCCGUGUAAGAACGAAGCUACGUGUAAGCCUACGGCCGGAUCGGCGACUGAAUACACAUGUAUCUGCCCUAUCGGAUUUCAAGGAGCCAAUUGUGACGAGAGAUUAGAUCCGUGCGAGUCAAAUCCCUGCGGACACGACGAAGGCCUAUUGUGCGACGUCGGUCCCGACGGCGGACACGUCUGUCGCUGUUUGUUUGGAGGCGAAAUUGGAUCUAAUGGAAAUACUUGCAGCAACGACGUCAGCGUAGUACAGGAAACCUGGUCGCCCCAGUUUAAUGGGACAAGCUACAUAGAAUUAUUACCGCUCGAAGGCUUGGGCAAAGCGUUCCGAAUUGAAAUUUGGUUUUUAACGAACCGAUUCUCGGGAAUGCUGCUCUACACGGGCCAGUCUAAUAAAGCCAAGGGGGAUUUUAUUGCGAUUAACUUAGUUAAUGGCUACCUACAGUUUAGGUAUAAUUUAGGCAGCGGAAUCGCGAAUAUCACUUCGCCAGUGCCGAUCACGAAAGGUCGAUGGCACCGGGCGCGGAUCACACGGAUGGGUCGGCAUGGUAGCCUGCAGCUCGACCACCAUCCCACUCAGAGAGGGCACUCAGCACCGCCACUCACUAACCUAGAACUGACUCUACCUCUGUUCAUUGGCUCCUUGCCAGCAUACAUCCGUCCGCAUAAAAUGUCGGGAGUGACCAGCAGUUUUAUAGGCGCCGUGCAACAGGUCUUCGUGAACGGCAGUCCUCUCGUAUUGUAUAAUGCUGAUACAGCAAGAUGCGCACUCGUACAAGAUGAGUACAGACUGCCUUGUGCUACGAGCGGAGUUACCAAGUAUAUUGGACCUCCUUGCGGAGAUGGUCUGACUCCGUGCAAGAACAAUGGAUCCUGCAUCCCGUUAUUAAAUGAGUAUAAAUGCAUUUGUCGCGAUGGGUACCAGGGCAGGAAUUGCGAGGUGCAAUUAAAAGUAGAGAUGCUAAAUGACGGUGCGCCUAUUAAGUUCGACGGAAACGAUUAUUAUUCGUACAGAAGUAAAGGUAGCCGCAGGAACCGUGAUAUUCGCGGUAUUAGAUACGAAAUAAAGUUCCGGACAUACAAUGACUCAGGACUUUUAUUAUGGAGGCGCAAAAUAGGGAUUCGACCGCGGGAUUUUAUCGGCCUAGGACUUAUUGAAGGGCGAUUACAAUUAAUUUACACGGAUACUGAUAUCAAGGAUAUGAAUUUGGUAUCUCACGAGGACUGGUUUCAAUCUGUUGAGUCGAAAGUGAGAGUGGACGACGGUUUGUGGCACACGGCGACGGUGAGGCGGAGGAAGAGACUGGCCAUGUUGCAAGUUGACGACGCGCCCCCUGUGAGAGGGUACUCACAAUCACUAUUGGUACCCUCGAAAGCCAACCCUAAACUAUGGAUAGGAGGAUCUCCAUCCCUGCCGCUAGGGUUGCCAGCGGCGCUGUACACGGGUCUACGCGGAUGUGUUUCAAGCAUUAAGUCCGGCGGAAGAUAUUUAAACCUGCAAACACCUAUACGACCGAUAACAAAAAUUAGGCAUUGUGAUUAACAUGAAAUAUUUUCAUUCUAUUAUUAAAAAUUAAACUUUAUAAUCUUUCGAACAC